AUGGCUAACGUCCACAUGGAGAUUCUACAAGACGGUCGGCUCUUGAAGCACCAAUGUAAAAUCUGUCUAAAAUCCUACUUGUACGAAAGCGGUCUCAAGUUGCACUACUCCAGUCAUCAUCGAGAACUGGGAAUUGACUAUUCUGUGAUUUGUGAUGUUUGUGGAAAAAGUCUUUCUUGUAAGAGCAAGCUCAAACAACACCUACGCACUCACACUGGGGAUAAACCGUUCCCUUGUCCCAUUUGUUCCAGGAAAUUCAUCACUAAGGAUCUGAUGACCUCCCAUAUGAGAGUACACACUGGUGAAAAGCCCUACGUCUGCAUGUACUGUGGUAAAGAGUUUGCUCAAGAUGCUCCUUAUUGGUACCACUUAAAGACCCACACUGGAUAG